GGUAGGAACGGACGGAGAUCAAAUUCAUUUCUGCUAGUGAAGGCACAGCAGAUUGCAAAAGCAUAACCUGACGCAAAUGGACCCAGGGCACGCAUGGCUACCGAAUGGAUUACUUUAAUAAAAUGAACUGCAAAUGAACUACAACACCUCAAGGAGAGUACACUCAGCAGGCAAAGGAAUAACAAAGAGCUCCCUAAAGAACUUUUUGUUAACACUGACCAACACCUGACUCUGAUGAAGAGUGAUUUUUAUUCCUGUGCUGCCUAAUUCAUUCAGGAGUCAGCUGAGGCUAAAAGGAGAGACAUGGAUUGAGAGGAAGUAAUUUGGGUAAAAUUAAGCGACAUAUAACAGAAAUGCACCACUGAAGUAGAACAAUCGCAGAGACAAGAGCAAAGCCAACAGAAAAGGACACGCGUGAGAAUGCUUACCAUGCACUGACAACAAGGAAUGGAAAGCAUCAGUUUGGAAACGGACUGGGAUAGGUUAGGCCUCUCCGCUCUGGGCCCCACAGGAAGAAACAACUUCUCUUCCUCGUUUAUUUCUGAACUGAACUCAUUCAACACGUCUCACAGUGGGGGAUCCUUCUUUGGCAUCUUUCCCGAGAAUGGCUCCAAUAGCACACCUCGCUCCCUUCCCCAGCCCAGGGUGAGGGAUAUCGGCUUGGCCCGGGCUGAGAUUGCAGUGCUUGCGGUGGUGCUGGCUCUUACCACCUUGGGGAACAGCUUUGUGUUGUGGGUGCUUCUGAGGCGGAGGAAGCACAACGCGCCGAUGCACAUAUUCAUGGUCAACCUGUGCGUGGCUGACCUGGUGGUGGCUUUCUUUCAGGUUCUUCCUCAGCUAAUAUGGGACAUUACAGAGAGGUUUCAAGGGCCGGAUUUGCUAUGCCGGUCCAUCAAGUAUAUGCAGAUUGUUGGCAUGUUUGCUUCCUCCUAUAUGAUAGUUGCCAUGACAGUAGACCGGCACCAUGCCAUCUGCUGCCCGUUGCAGGCCUACCGAGGGGGCACAGUGUCCCGCUGGAACACUCCUGUCAUGGUGGCCUGGGCCCUGGCGCUGCUCCUCAGCAUACCGCAGGUGUUCAUCUUCUCUCGCUCAGAAGUGGCUCCCGGUGAGUUCGAGUGCUGGGGUCACUUUGCUGAGCUGUGGGGGCUGAAAGCCUACGUCACCUGGAUGACGGUAGCUGUCUUCCUCCUGCCCGCCCUCAUCAUCACCAUCUGUCAGAUAAGAAUCUUCCGCGAGAUUCACAACAACAUCUACCUGAAAUCAGAGAGGAUGGUGAUGGCUGAGAUGAAGAAAAACGAAAUCCUCUUCCGCUUUCACAGCUUCAGGAAGGAGGACGAGCGAUCCAGAGAGAGGGGGAGACGGGCGUCUGGAGGAGGAGGCUGGGACGCAAGAGGAGGACAACUCUUAAAGGUUGCAAAUAACAACCCCCACAAUAACACACCCAACAGCCAAGUGGGAGAAUGUUAUGACUAUGUACCACCUGAUAUUCAGUGCAACAGUUGCCACGGGGAACAUGUGACAACAACAAGAACAUCAGCGCAUCAGCAAACAGUGAACGGCUCAGAUUGCCAGGAGCCCUACACCAACUCUCCUCGCUGCUCCCUUGAUUAUGCUCCCCCUCACUGCCCCGCCACCCCACCUCCGAGUAUCACUAAAGCCAUGUCAAAGACGGUGAGGAUGACCCUGGUCAUUGUGCUGGUGUAUACGAUCUGCUGGUCACCUUUCUUCAUUGUCCAGCUGUGGGCAGCCUGGGAUCCAGACCCUCCAGACCAAGGUUAGUCAUAAACAUCUUAAUGGAUGCAACAUCCACUAAUGUUUCCAAUCUACCCCAUAAAAGAA